UCUAAUGAUCACAGUUCCGAAGAUGAUCGAGGAAUCGGACCUUGCAAUCAUCAUUUUCUCCAAGGACAACGCCUAUUCAAGGUUGUGUUUGGAAGAGGUGGUGAAAAUCAUGGAGUGUAAGAAGCAAAGAGACCUCAAGGUCUUUCCGGUGUUUUAUAGAGUGGAAUUAGGUAGAGUGAGUGGAUUGAAAGGGAGUUACCGAACUGGUAUCGAAUAUUUUGAAAAGAAGCUCGACAAGGAUGUGUGGAAAUUGAUGAGAUGGAAGGACGCUCUCCAGGAGGCGGGUAGCUUGUCCGGGUGGUACUUGGAUGAUGAAAUGUCGGAGGCCAAGAUAAUUGAAGACAUCGUCAAAAAGAUUUCUGAACUGAAAAUGUACGAUGUGUUUCUGAGCUUCAGAGGUAAGGAUGUCCGUGAGUACUUUGUUAAGGGUCUAAACGAGGCCUUGGUGCAAAAGGGCAUAAAGACUUUCAUGGACAGCGAGAACUUAUUGAUGGGCCAGGAUUUCCCAUCGAAACUGAAGGAAGCCAUUGAACAAUCUCGCAUGUACGUUGUCGUUUUCUCAGAAAACUACGCUGAAUCUUGGUGGUGUCUGAAGGAGUUGGUGCAGAUCCAAGGGGAGAAGAACAGAACAAAACAGCUGCUGCCGAUAUUUUAUAAGGUGGCACUGGGGGAAGUAAGGGGACAGAAUCCACGGGAAGUGAGUGGAAAGAAACAGAGUUAUGAGAAAGCAUUGACCGACCAUGAAAGCGAAUUUGGGAAGCGCAAGGUUAAAAAAUGGAAGGAGGCUCUCUUUAAAGCUGCCAAUGUGAAUGGAAUACAUCUACGUGAUGGGUAA